AUGCUAGAUGACAAUAACAUUUUGGUCAAGACAUUUCGUAUGGUUAAGGAUUUAGUUGCUAAAGAAUCCAAUAAUUCAAUCAAGCUUAGACUAUUGGGCAAAAGGAGAAAGGAUGGUAGAAGAUAUAACUUUUCUUCAAUAGAUGAAGUAGCUGCUUUGAUUGUUGGAGAUUUUGAUAUAGAUAAGGUUGAUAGGGACAUUGUGGAUGAGACACAAAGUAGAAGAUUACAAAAGAUCAAUCAACUCAAUCCAGCUUAUUUGGAAUUACAGUAUCCUUUGUUAUUUUCUUAUGGAGAGGACGGUUACAAAGAAGAUAUAAUUCUUAAUAAGAAGAAUCAUAAUGGUGAAAAAGCACGACAAGAGGUGUCCAUGAGAAAAAAUUUUUCAUUUAGGAUUCAAGAAAAGUUAGAUGAUGGAUCUCCCCUCUUAUAUGUAAGGAGACUAUUCCAACAAUUUUUGGUUGAUGGGUAUUCCAAGAUUGAAUCAAUCAGGUUGAACUAUAUAUGUCAAGAACAAGAUAAAUUCAACUGUAAAAUAUACAAGGGAAUAAAAGAAGCAGUUUUGAGUAGGAAAACAACACCAUCAUCAUAUGAUAAACAUAUUCUAUUGCCUUCUUCAUUUAGGGGGGUCUCAGAUAUAUGA